CACCACAGUGUUCCAGUCCCUCCAGUUUAACAGGAUGAGCUCCAGACUGACAGUAGUACUUUCUGUUCUCAUAUUUUUUCCCUUAAAUUUCUGCUCGUCCCGGAGCUACGUCCUGGACGACAAAGUGGGCUUAGGGAGAGUUUUUGACGGGAUUGGAGGUUUGAGCGGCGGCGGGGCGACGUCUCGUUUACUGGUCAAUUAUGCUGAACCGUACCGCAGCCAGAUAUUAGACUAUCUCUUCAAGCCAAACUUUGGAGCCUCUUUGCACAUGCUGAAGGUGGAAAUUGGAGGUGAUGCUCAGACUACAGAUGGAACAGAACCGUCUCACAUGCACUAUGAGAAUGAUGAGAACUUCUUCCGGGGCUACGAGUGGUGGCUCAUGAAAGAGGCUAAGAAGAGGAACCCAGAUAUCACACUUAUCGGUUUGCCAUGGGCAUUCCCUGGUUGGGUAGGCCGUGGCAAGAACUGGCCCUAUGACUUCCCUGACAUCACAGCGUCCUAUGUGGUGUCCUGGAUCAUUGGCGCGAAGCAGUACCACAAUCUAGACAUAGAUUAUGUCGGGAUUUGGAAUGAGAGGAACUUUAACAGCAAUUACAUCAAGCUCCUGCGGUACACUCUGGAUAAGAGUGGCUUGAAGAAGGUCAGGAUCAUAGCCAGUGAUAACCUGUGGGAGCCCAUUUCCUUGUCUUUGCUGCUAGACCAAGAGCUCAGCAAAGCUGUAGACGUGAUAGGGGCCCACUAUCCCGGCACCACCACGGUGAUGGAGGCUCUGAAGACUCAGAAGAAGCUGUGGUCGUCAGAGGACUACAGCACCUUCAAUGACGAGGUGGGAGGAGGCUGCUGGGCUCGCAUCCUCAACCAGAACUACGUCAACGGACUCAUGACUGCCACCAUAUCCUGGAACCUGGUUGCCAGCUACUAUGAGGACCUGCCGUAUGGUCGAGACGGGCUGAUGACAGCUGAGGAGCCCUGGAGUGGCAACUAUGUAGUGGAAUCUCCCAUUUGGAUCACAGCUCACACCACCCAGUUCGCCCAGCCAGGAUGGACCUAUCUACAAACUGUGGGACAUUUAGAAAAAGGUGGAAGUUACGUUGCGCUGACUGAUGGUAAAGGAAACCUCACUGUUGUCAUAGAGACCAUGGCUCAUGAUCAUUCGUGGUGCAUACGUCCGCCACUCCCACCCUACAAUCUGACAUCCCAGAAUGCAACUUUCCAGCUGAAGGGAUCCUUUGCCUCCAUCAAGGAACUCCAAGUGUGGCGGUCCAGGUUUGACUUCAAGACGAAAAAGCCGUCCUUCUUUGAGAAACUCGCUCCGCUGAAGCCGUCUGAAGGCUGGUUCACCUUGAGUCUGGGUGAAGACGAGGUUUACACAUUAACCACCAUUACAACGGGACAGAAAGGAUGCUACCCAGAGCCGCCUCCCCCUGCUCCCUUCCCCCACCUCUACAAGGAUGAUUUUAAUAUUGCCAACCCCUUCUUCUCGGAGGCUCCGUAUUUUGCUGACCAGACGGGCGUGUUUGAGUACUACAUCAACCUGACCGACCCUGGGCCUCAUGUCUUCACGUUACGCCAGGUUGUCACCCAGAAGCCUGUCACAUGGGCAGCAGAUGCCGACCAGACCAUCAGUGUCAUAGGGAACUAUCAAUGGCAAAAUCUGAGUGUUACAUGUGAUGUCUUCAUGGAGAGUGUCAAGACAGGUGGUGUUUUCAUCGCGGCCAGGGUGGAUAAAGGUGGCAUGUCGGUCCGCAACACCAAGGGAGUCUUCUACUGGGUGUUUGCCGAUGGCACCUACAAAGUCACCAAUGAUCUUGCUGGUCAGACUGUACUUGCAGAGGGGCUGUCUGGUACUCGAGCAUAUGGCUGGCACACCUUAACACUCAAAGUUGAAGGCCAGUAUGCCUCAGGGUUUUUGAACGGAUAUCCACUAUGGAAGAAUGCCGUGGUACUGACACCAAAGAAUGGCUGGGCAGCCAUAGGAACGCGUUCAUUUGAACUGGCUCAGUUUGAUAACUUUGUCGUGGAGGCACAAUGAUUUGACAAUGGGAAUGUGUUGCUGAAUCAAUGCUGCGAUUAUUGCCUUGAUUAAGUUAUUGACUGGAUUAAUGCAUUGUUUAACCCUUAAAUGUUGUAUUUUGUUUCUAUAUUUUGCCUCCUACCAAAAUAAGAAUGUGAAGGUAAAUGGGAUUUUAGAUAUUGUGUCUUUUUAAGGGUAAAGGUUGUAAAUUUUAAGAAAACUAUUAUAUGCUGUGUAUGCAUAGGCUAUAAUUGUUUUUCUUUGGUUUGUUUUUUUAACAUUAAAAUGAAUUAUUUUGCCUUAAUGUAAUGCACAGAACACUUGAACGGUUUCAUCUCAGAUGAACUCAUCCUUUUAGGUUUGUUUUUGAUUAAAAAAAAAUAAUAAUAAUUCCACGAUUAUUUUUCAAUAAAAUCUGAAAUGAA